AUGGCUCGGAAAGGCGCAACUCUCGCUGCGUUCGAGCGACUGAAGGGGAUUGACAAAAAGGCGGACAAGGAGAAGAAGCAGCAGAGGAAGCAGCAGAGGAAGGCAGAGGAGAAGCGCGCGAAAAAGGCUGUGCCGAAGGAGGUGGAUGAUGGGGAAGAGGAGGAGGGUGGUGUUGGCGACCAGAAGGUAGCGCAAGAGGGCGUUCCGGAUGACGAGAUCGAGAUCGGUGUCGUGGACGGGACAAUAGUAUCCGGCAAUGGCGAGCAAGAUGGGGAAUGGCACACAGAAGAGGAGCUAGAAGCAGACUCGGAGGAUGAAGACGACGGAGGCACUCAUCUGGAUGCAUCCAAGCUAGCCAACAUCGACGACAGCGACCUUUCCAGCUCCGACGACGACAACGACGAGCCCGCAGAUGGGGCUGCGGAUGCCGAAGACGAAGACAUCGCAUACUCAGACCUUGACUCCGUAGCCUCGGAAGAAAAAGGCGACCUAAUACCGCACCAGCGGCUAACUAUCAACAAUACUUCCGCCCUGCUAGCCGCCCACAAGCGCAUCGCUUUGCCUCUCUCGAAACUCCCCUUCUCCGAGCACCAAUCUCUCACCACGUCCGAACCCGUCUCCAUCGCCGACAUCGAGGACGACCUCAACCGCGAACUAGCGUUCUACGCGCAAUCGCUCUCCGCCGUCAAGGAAGCCCGAUCCCUGCUCAAAGCCGAGGGCAUGCCCUUCUCGCGGCCGCCGGACUAUUUUGCGGAGAUGGUCAAGAGCGACGAGCACAUGGGCAAGAUCAAGCAGAAGCUUGUGGACGAGGCGGCAGGCAAGAAGGCCGCGGCGGACGCGCGGAGACAGCGGGAUCUGAAGAAGUUUGGGAAGCAGGUUCAGGUCGCGAAGAUACAGGAGAGGGACAAGGCGAAGAGGGACACGAUGGAGAAGAUUAACAUCUUGAAACGAAAACGCAAAGACACCGACCCCACCAACGACCGCGAAGACGACCUCUUCGACGUAGCCCUCGAAGACGCCACCGUGACCGAGAAGAAAGACAGGGACGCACGGAGGGCGGGAGGAAAAUCCUCCACAGCGAGGGGACCAGGCGGCAAACCGAACCCCAAACGUGCCAAGAAGAACGAGAAGUACGGAUUCGGCGGCAAGAAGCGCUUCGCCAAGAGCAACGAUGCCACCUCGAGCGCAGAUAUGCGGGACUUCUCGGCGAGGAAGAUGAAGGGUGGGGCGGCGAAGCGGCCGGGGAAGGCCAGACGUGCGAGUCGGGCAUGA